AUGGGCACCUUAGCUUCCAGGGGCCGGUUGGCCCCGGUUCCCGCUCCAGAGCCGGAACCCGAGGAGGUGCUGGACCUGAGCCAACUGCCGCCGGAGCUGCUGGUGGUGGUCCUGAGCCACGUACCCCCGCGCUGGCUGCUCAGAAGCUGCCGCCAAGUAUGCCGGGGCUGGCGCGCCCUGGUGGACGGCCAGGCCCUGUGGCUGCUGAUCCUGGCUCGGGACCAGAGCGUCGCGGGCCGCGCCCUCCUGUCACUCGUCCGCAGCUGCCUGCCCGCCGCUCCGGACGCCCUGGGCCGCUUCUGCGACCGCAGGCCGCUAGGACGAAACCUCAUCCGCAACUCCUGCGGCCAGGAAGGCCUUCGGAAAUGGAUGGUGGAGCACGGUGGGGACGGCUGGGUGGUGGAAGGAAACAAGACAACCAUACCCGGGGCCUCUGCGCAGACUUGCUUUGUGACUUCCUUCAGAUGGUGUCGCAAGAAGCAGGUCUUGGACCUGGAGGAGGAGGGUCUGUGGCCAGAACUGCUGGAUAGUGGCAGGAUUGAGAUCCUUGUCUCUGACUGGUGGGGAGCCCGACACGACUGUGGCUGUCAGUAUCGCCUUAUUGUCGAGCUAAUAGAUGCCAACCAGACUGUGCUGGAUAAAUUCUCUGCUGCCCCUGAUCCCAUUCAGCAGUGGAACAACAAUGCCUGCUUUCAGGUCACCCACGUGUUCACCAACAUCAAGAUGGGUGUCCGCUUUGUAUCUUUUGAACACUGGGGCCAGGACACACAGUUCUGGGCUGGCCACUAUGGAGCCCGUGUGACCAACUCCAGUGUGACCAUACGGGUCCUACCCUAG